CAAAUGGGAAGCAUAAGUUCCUCUGCCAACAUUCAAUGUUCUCUUUCCCUUCUCCUCUCUACCUUAAAUUUUUCACUUUAAUUUUUUUGUGUUCCUGUUAAGUCCACAAAAAGUUAUUAAUCUUUUUCAGGCGCCCCUGCAUAUCACUAAAACGCUUUCCAGACUACAACUUUCCCGUCAUCUUCAUCUGGCUGCAGCUCUUGGUUAUUCUCUUUUAUUGCAGUUGAUACUUAAGCUCUCAAUUUUCUCUCUGUUGGAGUAACAUCCUGAGAGCCGAUGUUUAUUAAAUCAUGCAGCUGUAUCAUCAUCCAAUUUCUUUAGACAGCCAAAAAGUGAGACUUGCUUUAGAAGAGAAAGGCAUUGAUUACACAUCAUUCCAUGUUAACCCCAUAACUGGGAAGAACAUGGACUCUUCCUUCUUUAGGAUGAACCUGCAUGCUAAACUACCGGUUUUUAAGAAUGGUUCACAUAUCAUUUUUGACACUAUUGAGAUAAUCCAGUAUAUAGAGAGGAUAGCAGUCAUCUCUUCAGGUGCUGUCAGUGCUGAUGACCUGACCUCUAGUAGCAGAGAAGUGGUUGGGUGGCUGCAUAAGAUACAAGAUUGGGACCCCAAAUAUUUUACGCUUUCCCAUAUCCCUGAGAAAUAUCGCUGCUAUGUAUCCAAAUUCCUUAGGAGAGUUGUGAUUGCACGGAUGGCAGAAUCGCCCAAUCUUGCAACUGCAUACCAUUGGAAGCUAAAAGAAGCAUAUGAAACAGAAGACAAGCUGAAAAAUCCAGAUGUUGUGAAACGGAGCAAAGAGCAUCUCGUUAGACUUCUUGAUGAAGUGGAAACAAAGCUGAAUGAAACAUCAUAUUUAGCAGGCGAGGCGUUUACCAUGGCAGAUGUUAUGCUUAUUCCAGUAUUGGAGCGUUUGGUGCUCCUGGGUUUAGAAGAUGAGUACGUAAAUUGUCGGCCAAACAUAGCUGAGUACUGGAGUAUAGUGCAGCAUAGGCCUAGCUAUAAAAAGGUAGUUGGGAAGUAUUUCAGUGGCUGGAGGAAGUACAGAACAUUACUUAAAACAUGGUGGUAUGUUCGUAUCAGAAGUGCGCUAAAGAGAUAUUGAUGAAAACUGAUGAAUGUUUUGAGUUCUAUUCUGUAAAUUAGAAAUGUUGAGAAGCGAAAGAAAAAUCUUGGUAGGAAGUUUUAUUUGGAGUGGGUCUUCCAAAUUUGUCUCAUGUAAAGCCUAUCUUUUUGAGCAUGAUGCAUUAAUAGUUUGAUUCUGAGCUUUGUAAGUAAAUUUGGUCUUGUACUGAAGGUGUAACAGCAGGGCAGACUGGAAAACUAUUGGAUAAAUGUCCAUUUGCAGGAUAAUUACUAUACAGAAACAGUUCGAUUUCUUUCA